GAGAACCUCGGCAGCCGGCCAAUCUGGUUGCAAUGAUAAUCAGCAGAACCCCGCCUAUUCGGACUUCGUACUUGAUCACUCCUAUCGCAACUACGACAGGAAAACAAUCGUUCAUCAUCACACAGCGAAAAUUCAACAUGGCUCCCCCAACAGCAACCGAGACUGUUAGCAAUAUUACCGUGCAGACCCCGCAGUCUAACCAGGCGGCGGGCGCUGAAAAGGCCAAAGUCAAGAUGCAGAUGCCUAGCAUGCCCAAGUUCGAAAAUAAGAUGGAGGAGCGAGAGUAUCUCAAGGGCCGUCUAGCUGCGGCGUUCCGGAUCUUUGGAAAGAAUGGAUACGACGAGGGUGUUGCUGGCCACAUUACUCUACGCGACCCAGUUGACCCGACCACUUUCUGGGUGAAUCCAUUCGGCACUGCAUUCUCUUUGAUCAAGGCUUCCGAUUUGAUUCAGGUCGACCACGCCGGUAAGGUCAUCGAUGGUGGACCUAAUCGUUUGCUCAACGCAGCGGCUUUCAUGAUUCAUUCGGCUAUCCACGCCGCCCGGCCGGAUGUACUAUGUGCAGCUCAUAGCCACAGUUUGUAUGGCCGCGCCUUCUGCUCCCUAGGUCGGCCACUCGAUAUCAUCUCACAGGACUCCUGUGCAUUCUACGAUGACCACGUGGUAUACAAACAAUUCAACGGCGUCGUCCUCGCCGAGGAAGAAGGCAACAAUAUCGCUGCGGCGCUGGGUAACAGGAAGGCUGCACUGCUGCAGAACCACGGUCUUCUCACCGUGGGCAAGAGCAUUGAAGAGACCAUUUUCUGGUUUGUGAGUCUGGAGAAAUGCUGCCAUGCGCAACUACUCGCCGAUGCUGCGGCGAACGGACGGGGGGGACAGACGAUUAAGAUUGACGAUGCGGAUGCUGCCUUUACAUACAAGACUGUUGGGACCCCCCUAGCUGGAUGGUUUAGCGCCAAGCCGCUGUUUGAUGUCAUCCAUAAGGAAACCAACGGAGACUAUCUGGAAUAAUUUAGAAAUGAAAGCCCUUACUCCUUGAUGUCAGGGUUAUCGGGACGUCAAACCAGUCCUGGAGCGAGAGACUCGGGUGUGGCUUCGGGGGUCUCUCUCCUUUUUCUUCAAAACCAGAAUUUAUGUAUAUAGCGAUGACAGGAGUGGACCUCCAAUCUCUCGUGCUUCUUCACGUUUUGCACUGGUUGAACACAAGCUCCAACAAGCUUCGUCAGCCUAUCGAAGGAAUAUGAUCCACUAACCGGAGACUUCGCUGCGUUGGUAGCUACUGUCCGUUUUAACUUUGGUAGAAAAAUUAAUGCGUCAAUCACCGUGUUGGCGGUUCGGG